GACGGRGCUGAAGGKAGUUCUAAAAGUUGAACAAAUUUUCAAAAUUUAAAGCCAGGAGAUUGUCAUGAGGAAUUUGAUCCUCUCUGUCGUGUUUUUUCAGUUCUUCAGUGUGAARAUACCAGAAAUUUCAUGUUUGGAUGCCUGCAGCAAUUACACAGAGCUGAAUUAUUAUCGCCGAUCAAGAUAUCAUAAUUCAAUUACGACUGGAUGUGAUGGCAACUUGUCCAAAGGCUGGUAUCGUUUUACUGGUGCAGCAGGAACACACAUAGCAACAUCAUGCGUUCCUCAAUAUCAUUGCGGUACAGACGCACCAGGUUGGAUGAAUGGUUCACACCCAAGCGUACACGAGGGGACAGUGAAUCGAACGGUCUGCUAUCACUGGWUCUCUAGCUGCUGCCACUGGAGCAACACAAUUCAAGUCAAAAACUGCGGUGCUUACUAUGUUUAUGAGCUUGACAGAACACCAACAUGUUCUUUGCGAUACUGCGGCGAUGUAGCAGUACUGAGUCUGGAUAUGACCAUGUAAGGGUGUAUGACGGCAGUUCAACGUCAUCAAACCAAAUUGGUUCGUUUAGUGGCUCCUCUCUUCCAAACUACUUGGACAGCUCGUCCGAUCAGAUGUACAUUACGUUUAGUUCUGAUAGGUCCAACACUUAUAAAGGAUUUUCGUUAAAGUAUUACAGCACAGGCAAGUCUCUAGACUUAGUGAUAUUUUCCACGGAUGUAACUUUUAAAAUGAAAAACUAAUGUCACAAACCGUAAUUACGUAAAUUCUAAUUAUUACAUGGGCUUCCUGUGGAAGGCCUUUCGUUUUGCUGUUUUUGACAUCUAUUGUUUUGUUGUCAUCAUUGUCACUUAGUGCUAUUCGACGGCAUCGAACUGUCGAGAACAAAGAUGAUUUCGCACACAAAUCCACACUAAGGCCCUGUUUACAUGAGAUAGGGUGGCCCUAUGCGGUAGGGCUAACUCCUUUGUUUACUUUU